GCCGUCGUGCUCUAUUCGCGAAGACGAUGUUGCAAGAUACUCCGUCCUUCUAGCCUUGCGGUUAGUAACCAUGGCCCUUUUAGCCAUUCAUAUAGUGGUAGGGUACGGGGUGGAGGCCAACCUCUCCUGUCUCCCUUGACGGGAGGUUAAGCAGUGAAAUCCCACCGCUGUGCCUCUCUCUCUAGGACCAUUCUCUUCAGUUCAGUCAAACCCAGACUCUGCUGUACGCUGGGACACACAUGAGCAGAGACCAUUUCUGUCCCAAUUCUCCUUCGUUAGCAUUCCUAGUCCUUGUUGACAGGCGAAACGCAAAAUCAUGUCCCAUCCUCAGCCCCGUGUACGGCCUCACCCUCUUGCUCUCUUUUCGCUCAUACCGUUAAACAAGCAAACCGUCGAGGGUGUCGUCGAUCAUCCGGAUAAUCGUCAUCUUGUUUCGUUCGUUCCUGGUGCGGAAAAUACCCUAAAUCCGGGAGAAGUAGCACGGGGCCUCAACAUUGGCUUCCAAAUCGGGUCGAAGUCGAGCUAUACCCUUGCGACUAUUGGACGCACCGGCGACAUCACUGUCGAGGGUUCUUCCAUCUCCCGGAUCCAAUGUUCUUUCGAGAUCCAUAAGGACACGGAGGAGAUCUUCCUCUACGAUCGAUCGAGCUCCUGGUCGACUCAGACUUUCGGUCCAAAUGCUCUGCCGUUUCAGCUGGAGCGUCCCAACCGCCGAGUUGUCGUGGCCGAGCAGGUCAAUAAUCAAUUCGGAUUCGGCGGUGUAGGGUGCAACCUUUUCCAAUUCGAAAUAUAUUGGCAUAAACGUCCAUCCAAUUUCCAAGAGCAGAUCGCGAAUCGAGAGGACCAUCCUCGCUUUACCCGAACCGUCGACGACGAGAUACCGACCGCUUUACCCUCCAAGCGUACCACACGGAUCCACACUCCUGUUGUUCAUACCCCUGGCGUUCGAGGGUCAGCGAAGACGAUCAGGUACUAUAAGAAAGUAGAGCUUGGAAAGGGCUCGUUUGGGGAGGUCUGGAAAGCUGUGGAUGUUGAUUCGGGCGAAUUUUUCGCGCUCAAGCUGGUGAAAUGGCCCGAGCGCGGGCUCCAGUCGCAGCAGUACACGAUGUUGAAGCGGGAAGUAGAGACUUUCGCGCGUAUGUCUCACCCAAACAUCGUAGAAUUCAUAUCAGCGCAAGGUUUUGGAGGAACGCAUCUUGAAAUCUUGACAGUUCUUAGGGAGGGCAACAUUGAAGACCUAAUUAAGAAAGAGCUGUUUCUAAGAGACCCAAAAUUGGCGGAGUCUCUUCUCCACCAGAUGCUCCAAGCGCUCGAUUACCUUGCAUUCAAGGGCAUUGUCCAUAGGGAUGUAAAGCCUGCGAACAUCCUCUACCAAUCUCUAUCAGGCGGCGGCUAUAUCUUUCAACUUACGGACUUUGGCCUUUGCAAUCUCAUCGUAGACGCCCAAACGCUCGCUGGAUCUCCGAUAUACAUGGCACCCGAGUUCUUUUCAGGGACUCAACAAACAUCAAAGGUAGAUGUUUGGUCCCUUUAUGUCACGUUAGCGUACGCAUUGAACGUGAAUGGGUUCCGGAAGAAGCGGUUCGACACGCAUGCGUUGCGCGUCAGGGCAGUACAGGAGGCUGCGAAUGAGGAUGGCUUCCGCCCCAUCCAAGACAUGGCGAUCGUCGACCCGAAGGUACGAGCUUCGGCGGCAGACAUGCUCGAUAAGCUCUUCAACGGGGAAGGGCGUUCAACUCCGCGCGAUCAGAUGCAAAGCGCUCCUGUGGUAGACAAGAAUGCAGCAGCACCGCGAAAAGAGCGAAACCACAGGAUCAACAAAAAAGUUGCUCAGAAGCGCCGCGGCCAAGGGUUCGAGGGUUUUGUGACCACAGAGAAGCGUGGAAUGCCUGGCGCAUUCCAAGAGGACAUCGUUGAUGCAUUAGGAGUGCAGGAUCGGCCUCAUUUUACCUAGAUCUCAUCUUUCUCUCGGCCUAGGUUUCUUGUUAAAUGCCUACUACGUUAAUAAAUCAGCUCUCGCGGAGUUUCAAAACGCAGUGUGCAGGAAGCUUAUGCGCUAGCCGCUUUGGGCCCACAAUCGAGAAACGGUUGUUGGAAGGAAUCGUCACCGUCUACAUAUAAGAAUGUACGCCUUCAUAAUGAUAACUGCC